GUGCAGGGGAGGGGGCGUGGCUAGCCAUUGUCUCCGCUCCGGCCGGCAGCCUGGGAUAUCCGCUUGCCUCCCCGCCGAGCGGGGCUCUUGUGUUCGUGAGCUCGCUGGAGCCAGCUGUCUUGUUUGAUGUCUGCAAGAAAACGACUCUCAAGGUAUGGCCCGUGGGCAUCAGAAGUUUCAAUCCCAGCAGCGGAAUGCAAAGAAGCAAGCUGAACAGAAAAAACGAACCGGACAUGAUCAGAAGACCGCUGCAAAAGCUGCUCUUGUCUACACCUGUUCUGUCUGCAGGACCCAGAUGCCAGAUCCCAAAACGUUUAAGCAGCACUUUGAGAACAAGCAUCCUAAAGCACCAAUGCCAGCAGAACUUGUUGAUGUACAGGCAUAGAGACAUUGCCUCAUCUUUUUUUAUGACCACAAGUCACUUAUUAGUGCUUUCCCUGGAAGAAGAAUCUGCAGGCACAACUUCAUGGUGACCAACAAAGCAAAGAAGUUGCAUACAAUAUAUAUUGCUUUCCUGCCUUGUCUCCUUAUUCCAUCUGGGCCAUGGGCAAAUCCACUCAAAUGCAUUGUUGAAAUCCAGAAUUUUUGAUUAUUGUAAGAGAUUUUUACUCUUGUAAUCAAUCAUUGUGUAUAAUAUUUAAUAAAAUGUUUUUUAACAUCA